AUGGAGACUCCGGACCGAUAUGAUUCGAGCAGUCCUUUGGAAUCUUGCUCUCCACUUUCUCUAGGUUCGCCAGCAACGGACAGAUCUGUUUUAUUCAAUAGAGAUGGCUAUUUCGAAGAGCUGCAGAGUGAUUCUCCGUCUGACCGGUACAUACUGGUCACCGGUGGACUGGGCUUCAUUGGCAGUCACACGGCAUUGGAACUCCUCAAAGCAAACUACAACGUGAUAAUAAUCGACGACCUCAGCAACUCAUUCCUAAGUGCCCUAGAGCGGAUCAACUUUCUGGCAUCAAGUUACCAUGAGCAGAGGGGGACCAAAAUGCCGCUGUUACACCUGCAUUCCCACAACUUUCGAGAUCAACGAGCACUGCAGCAGUUGCUUGAAGAGUAUCGGAUUCCGUCUGAAAUGGGUCAUCCCACGUCCAGAAUCGCAGGUGUCAUUCAUUUUGCUGCUCAUAAAGCAAUCGAAGAGAGUAUCCAGGAGCCGUUGAAAUAUUAUGCAAACAACGUAAGCGGACUGAUAGAUUUUGCGGCAACUCUGGGCGAAUUUGGAAUCAAAACAUUCAUCCUUUCUUCUUCCGCAACGGUAUACGGAACCUUGGCAACUUCUGGCCUUCCCCUGAAAGAGGAGCUUUGUGUCCACAGAGAACAGGUCAUUAGAGACGACGAUGGAGUUGAGAGAAUCGUACAACCUGGCUGCACAGGAAUUACAAAUCCCUACGGCCGCACAAAAUGGAUGUGCGAGACUAUAUUAGCUGAUCUAGCCGCUUCAGACCCCGAGUGGACAAUAGUAAAUUUGCGUUACUUCAAUCCAAUCGGAUGUGACUCCUCUGGACUUCUCGGCGAAGAUCCAAAGCAAAUCCCAACCAACCUUCUACCAGUCGUUGUAAAGGUCAUCACGGGACAGUACAGAGAACUGCAGGUUUUCGGGACAGACUGGGAGACUGAAGACGGCACCGCCGUCCGGGAUUUCAUCCACGUCACUGAUCUCGCUCGAGGGCAUAUCGCUGCUUUGAGCGCAGCCAACGACGGCAAACUAAAAGACAACUUUCGGACAUUCAAUCUCGGAGCAGGAUAUGGCCAUUCUGUCAUGGAAGUGGUGAGCGUCAUGGAGGAGGUCUCUUCCAAGCAGAUUCCGGUCAGGGCUACCGGGCGUCGUCCUGGGGAUGUUGGCUCGUGUGUUGCUGUGGCCACCAGAUCCUACGACGAGCUUCAUUGGAGGACAGAAAAAACAUUGAAGGACGCGUGUCUGGAUAUCUGUCAUUUCCUGAAUAUUAGUGGUUUAUCGUCAUAG